UCCCCAGAUGGGAAAAUGUGAAGUCCUCGGGGAGCCCCAUGGCCCGCUUAACACACUGUCUUCUGAAAAACAUCUUUAUCAGAAGUCAGUUCGACAGCGCCAAGAGGAGACAGUGCCUUCAGUAUCUCAACGCGCUGAGGUCGCUGCAACACGACGGGUACAAGACCGUGUAUUUUGGGGAAACCGAGAUCCCAGAGACUCUCGUCACCGGGGAGGACUUGAGUGACAGCUAUUAUAUGCACACGCCGUCCUGGUGUAUUCUACACGCUGGAGGCAGUCAGGGGUGGGUGCCUUGGAAAUACCGCAUGUUCCUGAGAGAUGACCUGUGCAUCAAGCAGGAGGACAGCCUGUUCUUUGAGUUCUGUGACGUUGUGAAGAGGGCCUACGGCAAGUGCGCCAUCGUGGUCAAAGGGAGGAGGCAGCAAGAUGAGGUGAAGCCAAAGACAGACAAGGAGGGCGAGGCCCAGGCCUACGUCCCAACAAGCAUUAACUUAACAAGCGUAGUGUGUUCCCCGGGAGUGGCCAAGUCCUAUGGCCAUGAGCUAAUCUCUCUGCCUCCCCCCUAUAAUUACCUGAACCCCUUAGACUCGGCCUGGUCUUCCGUGAAAUGGUUUAUCAUAAACAACCGGAAGGAGUUUUGUCUGCAGUCUGUUGACAACGUCUACACUUACCGAUACAUUCUCUUCAGUGACUUGAUAAGCAGAGGGAUUGAUAGGGUUAACCUGACCAAGUGGAAAGCCAUAACCAACAAAGUACGCAGGUGGGAGAACUAUUAUAUCGGCAAGUUUUCUUAAGGGCGUCUCCUCCACAAAGCACUGGGCUCUAUGGUCUCUGCUGCUAACUGUGGAGUCGGAUUCUGGCUCGCCGGCACCAGAAACACUCUAGGGGUGACCUCUAGGGAUUACUGCCUCAACUGGGAGGUCCCUGAGGGUUAUCAGCAAAGUCCUGGGGUUGACAGAGGCUCCAUUAAAGUUUGUUGGAUUAGCACGGGGUCUCAACUCUCAUCUUGUGAUGGCUACCUCGAGGACCAUGUUUAUGGGAGGACUGGGAGGACUCUGGCCCAGUGGAGGGUACUGAUGAGCGGGAUUAAAGGAAGUGUGGCCAAAACUUAGGU